AUGACUUGGAAUAAUGUGAAUAAUGAUGAAAAAUCAUCUCAAAACAAAAAUAUUGGAACAAAAGAUUCUAAUAAUAAAGAUAAAACGACUAAUGCAGUUGGUUUUUUUCAAUUAUUUCGUUAUGCUACAUUUCUUGAUAUAUUGAUGAUGUUUGUGGGUAGCAUAUGUGCUGCCGCAAAUGGAGCAGCAUUUCCUUAUCAAACAAUAAUUAUUGGUAAUGCUUUAGAUGCUUUGCUUCGUUACGGGGUUUUAUUAUCAGCAAAUGCAGUAACAGAAGAUGCUAAAGAUGAAUUGAAAAGAGAUAUACUAAAACAAACCAUAUAUUUUCUUGCUAUUGGAGGGGCAGUAUCAAUAUUUUCCUACUUACAGAUAACACUUUGGAUGGUUGCAGGGGAAAGACAAGUGAUGGACAAAUUACAAAUCGUAUAUCCUCAGAUGCAAGUUUAUUCCAAGGUUGGAUUAGUUGUUCAAAGCCUUGCAUCAUUUAUUGGGGGAUUUGUAAUUGGAUUCACAAAAGAAUGGAAACUUACUCUUGUCAUAUGCAGUACAUUGCCGUUACUAAUUGCGGCCGCUGCUCUAUUUGCAUACGUUGUCGAAGAUUCAACAAAAAAGGGACAAGAGGUUUACGCAGAAGCAGGCAAUGUAGCUGAGCAGGUACUUUCUGGCAUUCGAACAGUGAUAGCCUUUGGAGGUGAACAGCGUGAAAUUGCUCGUUAUAGCCAAAAAUUAAAAGGUGCUUAUACAAUUGGGAAAAAGAAGGCAUUAUCUACUGGUUUAAGUUUCGGCUUUAUAAAUUUUGCCUUUUUUGGGAUUCUCGCGUUGGCAUACUGGUACGGUAGUACUUUAGUUUAUAAUGGAAAGAUGACCUCUGGAGAAGUAUAUAAUGUUGUGUUGGCGGUUGUCACUGGUGCAUAUUUAUUUGGCUCCGCAAGUCCAAGCUUUACAGCAAUUGCCAAUGCUCGUGGGGCUGCUUACAAUCUUUUCAAUAUUAUUGAUCGUUUUUCAGCAAUAGAUUCAGAUUCAAAGACUGGAAUCAUUCUUGAUAAAAACUCUGUCAAGGGACGCCUAGAAUUCAAAAAUAUAGACUUCUUUUAUCCAUCUCGUCCAGAUAUUCAAAUAUUAAAAAACUUUAACUUAACAAUUGAUUCUGGAGAAACAGUUGCUUUAGUUGGUAGUUCAGGAUCUGGAAAAUCAACUAUAGUUGCCCUAUUAGAAAGAUUCUAUAAUCCAACUAAUGGAUCGAUUCUUCUUGAUGGAGAAGAUAUCGAAAAAAUUAAUGUUAAAUCGUUAAGAUCUCAAAUUGGUCUUGUGGGACAAGAGCCUGUACUUUUCCCGAAAAGUAUUAGAGAGAAUGUUGCGUGGGGUGAAAUUUCAGAUGACAAAAAACCAAGUUUAGAUGAAGUAAUUGAAGCGUGCAAAAAAUCUAAUGCACAUGAAUUUAUUAAGGAUUUACCAAAAUCUUAUGACACAGAAGUCGGAGAUAAAGGUUCUUUAUUGUCUGGAGGACAGAAACAAAGAAUUGCUAUUGCACGUGCAAUAAUAAAGAACCCAUCUAUAUUAUUAUUAGAUGAAGCAACAUCAGCUCUUGAUACCGAAUCCGAACAUCUCGUUCAGGAGGCUCUUGAUAAAGCCACAGCUUCAAAAAGUUUUACAUCAAUAGUCAUUGCGCAUCGACUAUCUACUGUUAAAAACGCGGAUAAAAUUGUGGUGAUGAAUCAAGGUGAAAUUGUAGAAAUUGGGAACCAUGAAGAAUUACUUGCGAAACAUGGUGCUUAUUAUGACUUAGUUCAAGCACAAGAAUUAAAAGUCCAAGAUAAUGAUGUGGAAGAAAUUGAAGUUUCUUCCCAAUCUGAUAAUGAUGUGGAAGAAAUUGAAGUUUCUUCCCAAUCUGAGGAUGAAGCUGAUAUAACACAAGAUGAUUCGGAUAAGAAAAUAGAAUUUGAAGAAAAAGAUAAAAGUGCCAAUUUACGCGGAAUGACUACAAAAGAUUCAACAGAUAGAUCAUUGAAAAGUUUAGAAGAGAAGGGAGACAAUUUUGGGAAAAUCCUCAAACUUCAAAAGCCAGAAUAUUCAUUAUUAUUCACGGGUUUAAUUGGCUCUGUUAUCAGUGGUUUAAUUUUUCCUAUGUUUUCAAUUCUGUUAGUAAAUAUAUUAAAUUCAUUUUCCAAAACUGAAGAUUCAAACUUCUGGUCAUUAAUGUUUUUGAUUCUGGCCAUAGCUUCUGCUGUUGGUAACUUUGGCCAUUCAUUUUUCUUUGCUUUUGUUGGAGAAAAACUCACAUGGCGUCUUAGAGUUAUGACAUUUACAGCAUUACUUAAGCAAGAAAUUGGAUAUUUUGAUGAUGAAAAAAAUAGCACAGGAGUUUUAACAUCAAAAUUAGCAGUGGAUGCUACAAAGGUGGAUGGAUUAACUGGCUUAUUAAUGGGCAACAUUUUCUAUUCAUUAACUAGUUUUACUUCUGGUUUGAUUAUAGCUUUUAUUUUUGGUUGGAAGUUGACAUUGGUCGUUCUGGCUACAGUACCACUUUUUGUUAUUUCAUCAAGACUUCAAAUGAGUUCUGUUGCUGGUUUUGGUGAAAAGACACGAAAAGCAUGUGAAGAAAGUAAUGAAAUAGUUCAACAAAGUGUCUCUCAUAUUAGAACAAUUGCAUCUUUAACUCUUGAAAAAACUUUUUUUAAAUUUUAUCAAACUGCAAUUAUGAGUCCUCAUAAAAUUGCUUUGAAAGGAAUCAUGAUAUCAUCUCUUGGUUUUGGAUUUGCUCAAGGGGCAUUAUUUUUCAUUUAUGCUUUAGCAUUUUGGUAUGGUGGAGAAUUAAUUGCUAGAGGAGAGUAUACUCCAAUGGAAAUGCUAAAAGCAUUUUUUCCUAUUUUAUUCAUGGCAAUGGGAGUUGGACAAGCUAG